AUGUCGCAUUCAACGCCAUCUUCCCUUACAAUCUCCGAAGUCGCGGAAAAAUGUGCCCAAGAUGAAGAGAUAUCGCUAGCUCUUGAAUACAUCAAAACUGAUUCUUGGCCAAGUAAUUCGUCAAGUAUUUUCUAUCCGUUCCGACAUGAACUAUUGGCCGUAGGUGACAUGAUUCUUCGAGGAUCUCGCAUUGUCAUGCCAAAAGCUCUCCGACCCAAGUUGUUGCAGCUAGCACACGAAGGACAUCCCGGCGAAUCAGCAAUGAAAAGGAGAAUAAGGGCCAAAGUUUGGUGGCCACUGGUCGAUAGAGAAGUAGAGGCGUACGUAAAGACUUGCUGGGACUGUUUGUUAGUCUCACAAUCGAACAACCCUGAGCCCAUGAAAAGACAUGCCUUCACAGAUGGCCCUUGGCAGUGUGUGGCCGCAGAUCUACUAGGCCAGCUGCCAAAUAGUGACUAUAUAUUCGUACUUAUUGAUUACUAUUCUCGUUAUCAGGAAGUCAAAUUUUUGAGGAGAAUUACAUCGGAAACAAUUAUAACUGUUUUGAAUGAAAUAUUUUGUCGAUUGGGCAUACCCAAAUCCAUUAGAGCGGACAUUGGCAGGCAAUUUGUCAGUGGCGAGUUUAUGAAAUUCUGUGACGACCAUAAUAUUACAUUGAUUACAACUCCACCAUAUUGGCCACAAGCCAAUGGAGAGGUGGAAAACAUGAACCGUUCAUUGGUAAAGCGCUUAAAAAGAGAUCCAAAACUUCCUUCUAAUGUACAAUGUGACCCUCAUGGUACCACCGGUACACCACCGACUGAGCUAAUGUUCAACCGCGUCAUUCGCGAUAAAAUACCUGGAAUCCAAGACAUUACAGAAGUCAAGCUAGAUCCCGCGGCUAGAGAUCUAGAUAUCAUUAACAAAGCAAAAGGCAAAGAGGCAGCGGAUAAGAAAAGAAGAGCAAAAAUAUGCGAUAUAGCACCAGGAGAUAAGAUUGUUCUACGUAAUGUCGUUUUUCCCCACAAGCUUACACCGACUUUUAACACGCUCGAAUAUUAUAUUAUUGAAAACAAGGGAAUGAGGUCAUCAUAG